GCUGCGGCUAGUGCGGCCGGUUCCGGGUGGCGGGAGAGACGCGAGCGCUACGGUGCUGCCGGGCAUGAGGAUGCCGGUGGGUGCAGCCGCGGGGGAAGAAGGGGCCGCGCAGAGCCCCGGCCCCGCCGCCGUCUCCCUGGGCUUGAGCGUGGCCGUGGUCUCCAGCCUGGUGAACGGUUCCACCUUCGUGCUGCAGAAGAAAGGCAUCGUGCGGGCGAGAGGACGAGGUACUUCAUAUUUAACAGAUAUAGUAUGGUGGUCUGGUACUAUUGCAAUGGCACUUGGUCAAAUUGGGAAUUUCUUGGCCUACACUGCAGUUCCAACUGUGUUAGUGACUCCUCUAGGAGCUCUUGGUGUUCCAUUUGGGUCCAUUUUAGCUUCUUACUUACUGAAAGAAAAACUCAACAUUCUCGGCAAGUUGGGAUGUCUGCUGAGCUGUGCUGGGUCUGUUGUUCUCAUAAUCCAUUCCCCAAAAUCUGAGAGUGUAACGACUCAGGCUGAGCUUGAAGAGAAGCUUACAAAUCCAGUGUUUGUGGGCUACCUCUGCAUAGUACUUCUCAUGCUUCUCCUGCUUAUCUUCUGGAUAGCGCCAGCUCAUGGACCCACUAAUAUUAUGGUUUACAUCAGUAUUUGCUCACUGUUGGGCAGUUUCACUGUGCCCAGCACAAAAGGCAUUGGGCUGGCUGCUCAAGAUAUCUUUCACAAUAAUCCAUCAAGUCAAAGAGCCUUGUACCUCUGUUUGGUUCUUCUGGCAGUGUUAGGAUGUAGCAUCAUCAUUCAGUUCAAGUAUAUCAAUAAGGCACUGGAAUGUUUUGACUCAUCUGUGUUUGGUGCCAUCUACUACGUCGUGUUCACCACUUUAGUCCUGCUGGCCUCAGCCAUCCUUUUUAGGGAGUGGAGUAAUGUGGGAGUGGUAGAUUUCUUGGGGAUGGCUUGUGGAUUCAUCACUGUAUCUAUUGGAAUUGUUCUUAUACAAGUCUUCAAGGAGUUCAACUUCAAUAUUGGGGAUUUGAAUAAACCUAAUGUGAAGACAGAUUAAAAUCAUAUUUGAGGGGAACUGGAUGGCUCAGGAAUGAUACAGAGCCUUCCAUUUCUAGGUCACUGAUUCCAACAUGAUUGAGAUUGGCAGACGUUACCCUCUGAGAGAGUGGUAGCUUGUGUGAAAUGAAUUGGUGGCCUACAUCCAGUUUUAAUGGACAGUUAUCCACAUACCCAAAAUCACCAUAAUAAGUUGACAUUAAUUGGUAUCAUUGCUGACUGUCUCAGCAGGAAGGCUAAGGAAUGAAUCAGCAUAGAGACUGAUGUAUCUCCUUGCGCCUAAAAGGUGAUCCAUCCAGAAAAGGUUUGAUGACAUUCUGGCAGGCCACUGUAGUAAAUCUUUACAUUAGACUGCCUGUGAUGUACUCGUUCUGUGGACAGAGAACAUCAGUUUCCAAUGCACUCAGUCUGGCACCUUUCAUAUACCUGAAUGGUGUAUGCCCUAAAAAAAAAUUGUAAGCAAAUGGAACAAUUCUAUUAAUUUCCUUAAAACAGCAAUGUUUUCACAGUCCAGGCUGUCAAUUGUGAAACAAAUGUUGAUUUGAAUUGUGGACUACAGGUUUGUCCUUUGUACAGUAACUGCCUCUGUAAUUUGGACAGACACAGGUGAAUGCACUGGGGGGGUUCUAAAUUAAGUCAUUGGUAUAGAUCAGUGCAUCUAACCCGUAAAAUCUUCCACUACUUACUUAUCAACUGAAACUAGCUCACAGAUCCAGCUGGAACUAGCAUCCAGAUUAUAGGUAUACCUUUUAUUCAUAACUCUUUUAAGUGCAUUAAGACAUACAGCAUUCAUCCAAGAGCUUUUCACGGUUAAUGGAUAGGAAGAGCAUGAAGGACAUGGAAGUGAUGCACAGUCUUCCUGUAUACCUGGUGAGUUAUCCAGUGCCUUUGUAAGCUUAAAAAUAUCACUUAAUUUGAAUGUUUGUUUCUGAGAGCUUGUAACAGGUUAGAAUAAUCCAGUUUUGUUGUCUGUAAUAUUUGGCUGUACUCAAAUUAUAAGCAUGUAAAGCAGACAGAAAGGUAAGAAUAUUUUUGGAAAGGUUACAAGCCUGAAGUCAAUGCUGAGAUGUUUUGGUGGCUUCUGUGAACAUCUAUAAUCAUAAUGAGAAGUAACUGAUAAGAGGUCUACUUACAGCAAUCCAGUAUAUGUAGAAUCCAGUUAUACAACAGAAUAUAGGAAAUUAUUUAAUAAAGUAGCUAAUUGACAAAAUUGUUCUUCAGAACAGGAUAAUGAGUAAAUGGAUUUAUAUGUCACUAGAUUGCCGAUUAUGAAAUCAGGCUGUCAACUGGCACUGUUAUGAGCAAAAAGUUUGUGAGAAGCACAGGUGUGAGAUUUCUUGAUUAACUUAGAAGAAGGAUGGGUAAGAUUAUGGCCUUUAGAAAGGUGGAGUUGAGUAAUCCAGUACACACGCAUUCAGAUCCAGUAUUUCACAGCUGUGUUGUAGUUCAGCAGCAGUAGUUUAAAGGCUUGUGCAAGUGGCUCAAGCCAUGGUACGAAUGAUUCUGAACUGAUUGGUUUAGAUUACCUGGAUUACAGUAUAUUAAUGUCAAACAAUAGGAGAAAUUACUGAUAUUCACUAAUAUUUAGAAGGGUGUAUUGAUCUUGUCUUUGGAGUGAAAAUAAUUUUCAUGGAAUAAUAUAGUCAGUGAUCAUUAUAAACAUAAUGUCAUUGGAAGAGUGUACCAAAGGCUUGAAAAUAUGUGAGAGAAAUUCUUUUGUUUUAAGUUUGGAGAUAAAAGUAGAUUUGCAUAGCAUAUGACUAUAAAACACUUGGCAGUCCAGAGUGUCUCAUGAGACAAAAUGGGGGGUCACCAGACACCAUUUGAGAAGGUUACAAAUGUCAGUCUAUAAUAAGAGGUCAAGAACAGUAUCACGUAGUUAAGUUUGUGGACUAGCAGUAGGUAAUACAAACCUUGGUUAUUUAGAGGUGUUGCUAACUCUCAAUAAUUAGUGUUUUGUUUUAAAACCUCAUCUCACUGGAGUCAUGUGACUACUUGAGACUCUUGGUUUUUGAUUUAAAAGAAAAGUAAGUUGCUAGCCCUCAUAGUUACAGAGAAAAUCAUGAAAAUGCAACCUCAGGGAACACUAAAGGCUCAAAAACCUGAAGGCAAAUAAAAAGAACCUCAAAUGUAUUAUUUUUAAGCCAGUGUCAUGUUUUUUGGAGGCCUGACGAUUUUUGAACAUACAGGAUUGACAACUAGGGUGACCAGUCGGGACAGUCCUAAUUUUGGGGUCUUUUUCUUAUAUAGGUGCCUAUUACCCCCACCCCGUCCCGAUUUUUCACAUUUGCUGUCUGGUCACUCUAUUGACAACACUGGGGUUAUCAAAUCAAAGUAUUUUAUUUGAUAUAUGGAGGAAAGGACCGACAGAAUUUUACAUCCAAAAAUCUCAGCUGUUAUGAUUUAGACUUGAGAAAUGAUGGAAAGAUAUCUUAUGAUAUUAGGCCAGGAAAAGGGAGAAAAGAACUAGCAAACAGGAAAUUUAUGUGCAUUUUAAAAACACUUUUAUAUGGGGUUAUGUCACUUUUUCUAGGCAGGAUUUUUCUAGAUGAGAGAAUCGGGUGUUGAAUUUUAAAUAAGAUUUGGCUGAGUUCUCCUCUUUUUUACAUUGUAUAGAUUGGAAGAAGAUAUCUUGGUUACUCUAAAGGGUGACUUUAUAAAUGGUAGUAGUUCCCUUUUCUGUUUGAAAACUGGAUCCUAAGUAAAUAAAAAUAGACAAGUAGACUUAUAAUUCACUUCUUAAAAUGACAGCUGUUCUCUGAAGUAGUCAAGCCAUCUUUUUAAAGUAUACAUUCAGUGUUUAAGGGUUGCACAUUGGUUUGGUAUACUAGCCAUUAAUCUCUGCAAACUCAUCCAAAUUCUUUCUCAGUUCAAAGCGAACAUGACUGUCAUAUCUCAUCCUAGUCCUUAUUUGGCCAAGUAUGUUUGCUUAUUUAAGUUUUUAUUGAUUAAAAAGUGCCUAUCCUUGUAUGCUAGGUGCUUAUGCAAGUUUUAAAAUUAUACAAUCCCAAACCAACAAGAUUACCCUGUCCCAAAGCAACCUCUUUCCACAUCUCAAAACCAAGUUGUGAUAAGCAGUCUCUACGCAGGGGAAGACUGAAAUAGCAGAUGUAUUCUUUGGUCUUCCUAUCAUCCUUGGAGCUUAUAAAUUUCUGCAGGAAUUCUCCUCUUCUCUCCAGCUCCUCCUCAUCCAUGUUCUGAACUUCCUGAAAUGGAGAUGCCAAAAGCCAGCACAUACGGAGAAAAGCUUUUCAAGUGGCCUUGCACGUCAUGUAUACCUACAGCCUUUUACAUCAUGAAUGAUAAUGAAAAAAAUUAUUUUUGUUACUCUUUGUUCAGCAAAUAGCGGUGUUCUUUUUAUUUCCUGUCUCUAACUGGAUCUGGUUCAGUUCUAACUUUAAAAGUGUAUUGACAUUGUGUGUAUUGUCACUGUUGAUGGGAUUCUUUCUCCCCUUCCUCUUAUCCCAGACCUCUUACCUUUUCUAGGUCUUUUCAUGUUGCUUCUCUGGUUUAAAAAAAAUUGCACUGUUGAAGUGAACUGUCAACUCUUCUCUCUUCCUCCCACAAGGCAAGGGAGCACCUUUGAAUAAUACUCCUGAGUUCCAUCGUCUCAGGGAGAAAAUAAUUGUCUCCUGAGCUUUGGUCUUCCGCCAACUGGGCCCACCCUUUUCACAUUGCUUCAUAAAUUAUUUAUAUCGAUAGCCAAAAGCCAGAUUACUUAAAUUCUGAUUCCAAAGCAGAAAUGACAGAGGCUAUAGAUAAAGUAUUAUAAAGUGGACUGAUUAUAUUGAUGGGAUGCAUUAAAAUAUAUUUAUUCCCACGGUGAAAGGAGUUUCUCAGUUUCUGUGGCUUCUGUUAAAUUUAUCAGACAUAUUUACGUAUAAAAUGCUCUUAAUCUGUUGAAGAUAAAUGUUGAGAACUAUUAGCCAUUCAAAGUAUGGAGGAUUGACGUGUAGGCACCACUAUCUUUAGUAGGUGUUACCCACAUAAAUCCCCCAAACAUCCAACAAAAGAAUAGAACCAUUUUUGAUACAACCAAAAAAUGUGUUUUUCUUAAAUCCUAAAUAUCCGUGUAUAAAAAGCAAAAUGUCUAAAGAAGAUAGCUGUUGUACUAACUAUCCAGGAUACUGUAUGUGUAAAUAAAGCCUAUUCAUUAGUCACCUGAAGCUAAUAUGAAUAAGAAUGUCAUAUACACUUUGACAAGUGAUGCUUCCUAAUAAUAAUUUUGGUUUAUACUGACUGUAUAUGUACUUUUCUGAAGUAACUAGCACUGACAGUGAAAGCACUGGAUUUUGUUUGUUAAAAUAAUGGAAGCUGUGUAAGCUUUACUUUUCCUUUUUAUUUUAAAAUAAGAGACUUUUUUAUUACAAGAAAGAUUAAAAGAAAAUAAAUACAGGGACCUCAAACUGCAAUGCACUGAAAGUUGAAGUGUACCACUUUCACUUUCUUUCUUAAACAUAGGACAUUGUAAUACUUUCUAUACUGUCUUUAGAGAGUGUAAUUUACAGAACUGCUGAAGUUUAUUAUUGAAACAAAUUUAUAUCUAAUUAUACUUCCUGCCUUCAAGGAGAUUAGUCUUUGUAAUUAACUCUUUGGGGCCAGGGAAUAUGGGGUUUAAGUGCUACAGAACAUGUUAGUGCAUGUAGCAUUUGCACUAAUAAUGUUAGGAGCUCCAGAACUCUUAGUGCCAAAGUAUUUCAUACAGCAGUGUUGAAACUGAAAGAUUGCAAAGGGUGAAAAUUAGGAAAUGGAAAGUCCAGAAUACUUUUCAAAGUUGGGGGAAAUGUUUUUAAAGAAUUAUAAGUUUUUAUUUUUUCUGUUCAGAUGGUUUGCACUUUGCAGGGGAAAAAAUGUUAUACAGCAGGGAUGAUAAUGAGCUAUUUUUUUUAAAUGAGGGAACUCUUUUGUUUUGUUUUGUUUUUUCUUUGUGUGUGUUUACAUUAAUUUUAAUGGAAUGUGGAAAAUAUGGAUGGGAACAAAUAUACAGUGUCAGAGGUUUGGUUACUUAAAUACUACUGCAAUAUAGUUACUACAGGUGAAAUGAAAAUGGACUAUUUUAGCUUCCGAAUAAUGUGUAUAUAGAUUUGUUAAUGGCUUACAAGCUUAGCUUACUAUCUUUGCUUUUUAAAAAUAGAUAUAGGCAUGUUGUAUUUGCCUUGUGUAAAUUAUAAAAGGCUAUUUAUUAAGGUUUCUGAUAACUAACCUAUUUAUUAAUCUGUAACAUUUUAAAAUAAAUGACUUAUUUCUAGCUCAA